UCGGCUGUGCAUUUGCGGCUCUUCUCAGUGGCUCUCUCCAGCGGUUGCAGAAGCAGCUGCUUUCACAACAGCAGCAGCAGCAGCAGCAGCAGAUGAAAUCUCCCUGGUUUGCUUGCUAACCUGAUCAACCCAGGAUGCAGCGCCUGCUCCGUCACAUCACAGCCAGAUGUUCAGCAAAAACCCACCCGUUGGGGCUCUGAAACAAUCCCGAGUGCCAUAAGAAGUCCGGUCUUACUUUGCUGCCAGAAUGCAAUGGAAAGGUUGGAAGGCUGGCCGACUUCUUAUCAUGGACAGCCAUCGUUGUGGUUGAUGCUGUUUCCAACUCUGGACAGCGGAUGUGUGUUGCUUUUGGCUUUCGCUGGAUGCCUCUCAUCUUGAGGGAGACAGAUAUUGGGCGUGACCCUGAAACACAAAGUGCUUUUUUCUUGGAGUUGAGAAACCAGAGAUCAUCGCUGCUCACGUGUAGAAGCCUAUUUGGUUUUUAUAGAGAGAGAUAGAUAUAUUUGAAAGUUCCCACACCAGAUUGCCAUUGAUUUGAUAUACCUUGGGAGGUGUGUGAGGGAAAAAAUGGCAACUGCUGCCUACUUUGCUGCCGAGUGCCUUGUCUCGAUGUCCAGCCGUGUGAUCAUCCAUAGUCCUGUUGGGGGACCAUCUCCAAAAUCUGGGGCCACCGUUUUUCCUUUGGUUGUUUCCAACCGAGAUGAGAAAUGUGAAGCGAAAGAGGCCGGGAGAGACAAUGGAGGUGGGUCUUCUGUUUAUGCCGUGGCCAGCAUUUUGGCUGAUCUCAACCAGCAUGUUCCAAAACCUUCCUCGCUUCAGAUAGAGAAACUGGAGAUGGUUGGCCAAGUGGAGGCCCUAAACCCUUCCCUUUCCAGCGAAGAGGUUUUGGGUGAGGAAGACAUUUUGCCGGCUGGCAAACGUGGCGGAGGCCAAGCAGCCACACCUUCCCGGCUGGCAGCAGUGAGUGAGCCAAGCCCCAGACAAAGGAGCAGGAAAGGCAGAUGCCGGCCUGACCCCGAAUUACCUCUGAAAAAGCACAAAUGCCACUAUGUGGGCUGCGAAAAGAUUUACGGCAAGUCUUCCCAUCUGAAAGCUCACCUCAGAACCCACACAGGAGAGCGGCCUUUCGAAUGCCGUUGGGAGGAAUGCAACAAGAAGUUCGCCCGCUCCGAUGAACUGGCACGGCACUUCCGCACUCACACCGGGGAGAAGAAGUUUGGGUGCCCGCUCUGCGAGAAGCGCUUCAUGCGCAGCGACCACCUGACGAAGCACGCCCGCCGGCAUGCCAACUUCCACCCCAGCAUGCUGAAGCGGAGGAGCGGGAGCAACUCCAGGACGGGGUCCGUAAGUGACUACAGCCGUUCGGACGCCUCCAGCCCCACCACCAGCCCAGCCAGCUCCCCUUAACCCUGCCCUGCACUGGAUGCACGCACUUUGGCGCCCAUCGUUUUGUACCCGUAUCUACGAUUUGGAGUUAUUUGCAUUGCACAUUUUGCUUGGGUGUUGUUAUUUUUUUAAUUUUUUUAAUAAUACGUCUCGUUUCUUUAAAAAGAGUCCCAGUCUCCCGAAGAAAUUGUAUGUAGCUUUCUUUCCCUUCGAAACUUUGGAGCGGAAAAUAUUCAGCACAACUGAACUUGCCUCCUACAAUAUACCUACACUGAAGGGCUUCUUCUUUCUUUCCCUGAUGACAACUUAUUCCUGGUCAAGUUGUGUUUUUUGUUCUUCUUCCCCUUCAAAGCCUUAAGAUGCUCACGCUGGCAUUUUUUAAAAACAAUCUAUUUUUUAAAAACAAUCUAUUUUCUUCACUCAGGUGUCCAUGCCUCUUUGGUAGAAAGAGAUUGCAACACAGGAAUGCCUCUACAGCUAAUUCAACCGGGUUGGAUUUUAUUAAAAAAUCACCACCUCCUCUGAUCUUUCUCAGGGAUAUGUAUUUAUGGCAUACGGUCAAGUAUAAUGAAGACACACUCUCCUCUUGCGACCUCGCUUUGUAUAGAUAUUUGCACUCAGAACAGUGGUGUCGAGUUUUUUUCACGGCACACACCGGAGAGGAAACUGAGGCUGGACUUCGCACUCAAAAGGCUGUGGUUUCACAGUCGGUAAAUACUCUUGGACCUUAUAUGUGGGACGUCCCUCCAUUCAUUCAUUCAUUCAUUCAUUCUCAUUUUUACACUGAGAUGCUUUUAUCACCACCAGCUUCCUGUUGCAAAACAACUUGUCUACAAAGUUUGAUACUUUUUAUAUAUAUUAUUUCUAUACAUCUAUAUUAAAAUAAAUUGGGUUGGGGUUUGGGGAUCCUGAAAACCAACGCAACAAUGAACUAGAUGCCUUAACCGCCCCAAUGAUAGGAGUAUGCAUUUAUAACUGGGGAGCAAUUUGUUCAUGAAGGACAAGAUGGUAGGAUUGUGUUUUCAAGGCAUUACAGCACCUGCCCUCAACUCGGUGCUCAUUGUAUUUGCUGGGCAACAAAACCCAUCAGCCCCAACCAAUUUCCCAAUGCUCACACUGGGGAAGAUGGGAGCUGUUGUCCAGCACAUCUGGCGAAUGCCGCAUUGGGGGAAGGUUGCCUUACACCUUGUAAUCCUUUGGGGACUUCUCCUCAGGGUGACUCACGGAUAAUAAAUAAGGUAGAUCUAGGAGAAUUUCCUGAAGAACUGCACCUCUUUCCAUUUCCUUGAACCUCUGGCCCAAAUGUCUGUCAAGACAAGCCUGCCGAUGGUAUCAACCUGAACCUUUUCCUUUUCCAAAAGCCAUGGGGGAACCGCAUGUCCAAAUUCAUCCAAACUUUACCAAGGUACUCAUCUGCUAUAAAGAUUCUCGAUUCCUGUAGAAGGCAUUGCUUUAAACCCGAACACUUACAUACAAUACUGCCUUGUAGCAAAGAGGCCUAUAAGUAAAGACAUGGAGCUGAGAACCAAUAAGCAGAAAAUGUCCACUUAGUGGAAGGAAAACUCUUUGUUCUCUUCCAUGCCAGCCACAGAUGCUGGCGAAACGUCAGGAAUAAACUCUUCUAGAUCAUGUCCACAUAGCCCGAAAACUCCCACAAAAAAACCAUUUUUGUUCUCUUCUUACGCAAAACCUCCAUCUAGAAAGUGUUACAAACAGGGUGUUCUAGCUGAACAGCACUUCACUUUUCUCCAGUAUCAGUAGUCCUUGGGAGAACUUUCUUCCCAACUAGCAAGACCAUGGUUCCCUUAUGGGCUUCCCAUUGCCUUUGCUAUUACAAUGGACAAUCCCAUUUCAGGUCUCACUAUCAUCUUGCACCUUCUUCAUUCACAGUAGGACCAGGAUGCCAGACUCUGUCUAUACAUCCUAUUUUUAACUACCUUUAAAGAAAGAGUGUUGGCGGUAUUGGUGUUGUGACCAUUUCAACAAUAAAUACCUUGACCCCACAAAGGAGACUUGUGUCUAUGAGUAGCCUUUCAUGUACAUUACUAGCAUAGGGGCACCCUUAUGAUAAAGGACACCCCUUAUUUGAGGACUGGCAAGCUUUCUCUAUGGAUUUAUAUAUAUAUAUACCUAACUCUCUUCCAUGCCAGCAUUCUCUGAAGAUGCCAGCCGCAGAUGCUGGCAAAACGUCAGGAAGAAACUCUUCUAGAACAUGGUCACAUAACCCCCCAAACCCACACAAAACUAUGGAUGCCAGCCAUGAGAGCCUUUGAGUUCACAUUUUCGUAUGGAAUUGCAUCUUUAGGGAACUCUGGGCUUUGCAGGAAUCAUUCUUUAGGAUAAACCCACACUGAAUGCUAGUUAUUCACACACAAAUGGAUUGGCUCUAUAAGAGGUCUAUAAGAAGAGAUGCUUGAACCAGUAACUGAUCUAAGCUUUCCAAAUUGGUUCAAGUGGGAGAAAAGCCAACAAAAAUAUUGGGAGGUAUAUGUAUGUGUGUGGGCCUAAAUAACUUGAAGGAACCAGAUCCCAUCUGAUCUUGGAAGGUGGCCUGGUUAAUCCUUAGAUGGGAGACCAUCAACAAAGACCAGGUGCCAUAGGGUCUGUUUCAGAGGAAGGAAAUAGGAAUCUCUGGGUAUUCCUUGCCUAAGAAAACCCUAUGAAAUUCAUGGGGUCUCCAUAAAUCAACAGGUGACUUGAAGGCACACAUGCAAGAGAACUUAUUAUCGUUGGAUUGGCUGGUUCCGAUGAUGUAUAUUAAAUAUUCAGGUGCUUUUUCUUGUGAUCAUGUUAAUUUUUUUAAAUUACUGUAAAUAUAAAUGCAGUUGACUGUAGCACAGCGAAACAAACUCCGCAAGUCCAAACUACUGUUUACGAUAAGCGUAAGGCCUUUCAUCAAAUCCUUCCUAUAUUCCAAAGGUAUCUUGAGCAAGAGCUUCCUUCUUGCUUUGCAAUAAUUCCGUUGGGUUUUUUUUUUUGGCCAGGUCAUUAUUAUUUUUUAAAGGAAACAGAAAAGCAAAAGUGUACUGUAUUUCAAUUGUCAGAAGAAACUAAUAUGUUAUACAUGAACAAGUCAUUUCUUGGUACAUGCAAAGAUUGCUGUUAAGUAUUGUGUACUCUUUCCAUUGUAACGCCAAGGAAAUGGCCAGAAUCCUGUUGGGACUUGUUGGCUUCGUAAGUGGAUCUACGUCUGCAGGAACUAGGAUUGGAUAGUUUUGUAAUGUUCAUACUCAGUACAGAAAACAGCAAACUGACCAUUGCACAACACAACUGAUGCACAAUGAUUCUGAUGCACAUUGGUUUGGAUGUGCAUUGUGCAUCAGUGCUCAUCUUCUACUCUUGCUGGUGUCUUUUUAUAGAUCUUUGCAAAUCACAAACAGGGUUUCUCACCGUCUCUGCUACUUAGUAUA